UAUAAGGGAUCGUCAGCUUUGAUUGAGUACUUUGUCCUAAAAUAUUUUUCUCCAUUACCUCCUUGAAAUAAUAUGUGUGGUGUGAGCGAAAGAGAGUAGUGUGUUGAAUGUAUCUGUGAAUUUUUGAUACUGUAAAAAUCUAAGAAAAAUGUAACUUUCCUGUCUAUCUUUUUUCAUUUUUUUUUCCCCUUAUAUGUGUUAAGUUUUGCAAUUGUCAAUCUCAAAAAAGAAAAUCUAGUUUUUUGACUAAAUUUUUUCUCAAUCUUUUUUUUCUCUUCACCAAUGAUAUUUUUUUUGUUAACCCUCUUAGGGAACAAAUAAAGCACUUUUUCAUAUCAAAAAAGCCACAUUCAUGUACCUUGUCGUUCUGCUGUUCAGCUCCGUUCUGGUUGUCCAAAUUUUGAUCAUCUGUCAAGUCAAGUUCUUCAUGAUAAAUUGAAGACGGAUAUAACGAGCCGUUCCCUGGUUGUAGUAGGAACAAAUAAUUUAUCAUUGUCAGACACCGUUGAUACAACCAUCGACAAACUGAAGCUCUUCGUUUCAAUUUUUAAAGAAAAAUACAAUGGCAAAAGCUCAUCAUUGCUACCGUCCCACUACGUCGACAUAUCGGUCUGAAGAAAGACGUUGAUUCACUACACGACGAUAUUGAAAAAUAUAACACCGAACUACGAUCACUGUCAGAAAGCGAAGAUUUUUCAUUGAUAAAAUUUGAUUUCAGUGACGAUCAUUUUGACAAAGAUGGUAUCCAUCCCAGUCCAGCUGGGCGUAAACUGAUGGAAUCUCGUAUCAAAAUGGCGUUGAAUGAAAUGUAUAAUAUUUAGUAUAGAGUUGAAGAACCGUUAUGUGGCCAACAAACUCGUCUCUUCUACUACCUCUACAAAUACCAAUCCUCGUACUCCACCACCAUCACAUACAUCGUCUUCUUUUUUUUUAACCAACCAUAAUAUUAAAGGCCUAGUAUGUAACAUUUUCUCAUUGAGACAGUUUGUAGACCAAGAAAAGCCACAUUUACUUUGUAUCCAAGAGACAUUCUUGACAUUGGAGAAUGAUGGUGCCGAGUUUGCCAUGUGAGCUACUCCGCAUACAGGCAAGACCGUAUUCGAAAGGACGCGUAUCAUCCGCGAGGAGUGAUAGUUUAUGUUUCAAAUCUGUUACCUCACUCACUACUUGCAAUCAUACAUAAAUUCUAUCGAGGAGUGGUGCACUUCACAUCUUAUGUCUAUCAAUAAGUCUAAGUGUGAAUGGAUAUUUGUUUCGAAUUCCCCCCAGCAUGGGGAUCUUCUUCAGUUCAAUCUUGCAGGCGUUCCUAUUCAGAGAGUAAAGAGUCUGUGUUUACUAGGUGCGACCCUCAGAAGCCUAUCAACAAUUGUUGUUUGAUCGCUUGUUUCUAAUAGCAUGAUCGUGAUACUGGUCAGUCCAUGAUUUAUUCGGAUAAUGGUUGCUAUCAUUUAACAUAUGAAGAACGACGAUCAGCUCAGAUAGCUGUCAAACGUAUGAAUGGAAAAAUAUGUCAAGAGUUAAAUUUUGUAGUUAAAGUGAAAUUAACAAUUCCCGAUGAACAAAUCAAUUUAGAAUUAGAUGAUGAUGAUGAGGUUCUGAAUGAACAUUAUCAUAAUGAAAUGAAUUCAGAUCUCAAUUCUGAUGAUAAGUUAUCAUUAAAUACAAAUAGGAAUAGAACAACAACAUUAGAUGGUAUUGAUGUUUCACAAUCAUCUUCAUCUAUAUUAAGUAAAUGUCGAAAUGUGUCGUGUAUAGCUGAAAAGAAUGAAUUGAAGGCUCAACUACGAGCUAAAAGAGAAGAAAUAAGAAUAAUUAGAUCAACUUAUACACCUCCACCAUCACAAUCAGUUGCUUCGUAUUUAGGAACUCUUCUUAAAAAAUCACAAUUACAUAAAAAUUUACUUGAAUCCACAACAACAUUAAAAAUGUAUCCAAAAUUGCCAUUAACGGCACAAGAUUUAGCAAAUUGUUAUAGACGAGAUUGGGGUGAAACAACUCGUCGUUUGUUAAAAAAAUGUUUUGUCAAUAUCAGUUUUGAUCAGAUGAAUUACGAAAAGCUGAACAAGAUGAAUCCAGAUAUGAUAACAGAUAUACUCAAAAUCAACAUAAAAUUGUUCGUUCAGGACAAAAAUCUAAUGAAACAACAGGAUCAACCAAAAUCGGAAAUUAUAAAUGAACAAACAAAAGAUGUGAAUGUUUCAAAAGAGAAUCUUAUAUUGAAACGUAUGCAGUCUGAAAAAUGUGUAGCUAUGAAUAUAGAAAUGACAGUGGAAGGUGCACUUCUACCAAGUGAUGUUAAUGAAUAUAAUAUGGAAGAAUUGUCUCAUGAGAACUAUCGACGAAAUACACCAUCAAUACAAGACUGGGCUGCAGCAUUAAUGAUAUUUAAAACUCGUCGUUCUCAAAAUAACAAAGAUAUGGAUUAUAUGUGUCGACUACUUCGAAUAAAUCCUAGUAGCUAUUGUGUUAAUGUUCCUAAAUCAUGGGCAUAUAUCAGACGUUGUUUAACUAAUGAUGAUUCCCUAUCGUUAUAUCAAAAUUAUUAUUAUUGUCCUGUUUGUAUUACAUUAUCAUCAACAAAAUCAUGUGCUUGUGGUGUAGAAACAACAGUAACAGUUUCUUAUUCAUCAGUUAUAAAACAAAUACAACAAAUAUUAUCAAUCAAGGGAACGUAUACCAGGAUGUGUGAAAUGCGUGAUCGUAUUCUACAAAUGUAUUCAUAUACAAAUUAUGUUCGUAUCUUACAAUUAUGUCCAGAAUCAUCAUUUACAUUAACUGUUAACUCAGAUGGAAUUGGAGUGUGGCCGUUUAUGCUCGCAUUCAAUGAACUUCCAUUAUCGGAACGUUUUUCAUUAAGAAAUAUUGUAUUACCAUUGAUAUGGCCAACUGGUACAUCGCCUAAAUAUGAACAAAUUCAUGCAUCAAUAAAAUUAAUGGUUGAUGAAUUAUUACAAUUAGAAAAUGGUUAUGAUUUUUUUAUACCAGAACUUGAUUCGACAAAAACAUUAUAUUUUUUCACAAUAGCAUCGUGUAGUGAUAAACCAGCACAAUCGAAAAUGGAAAAUGUAAAUAUGUUUAUGGCUGAAUACGGUUGUGGUUUAUGUUAUACAAGUGGUGCGUUGUACGAUUUCUAUACAAAAACAAUAAGACGACCAAGUGAACCACAUGUAUUUAGACAGAGAUUACGUCAAAGUCAACAAAAACGACAACCACCAUUACGUGUUUACCCGCAUGAAAACACCAUUAUAUUACGUACAAACAAAACACAUGAUCAGCAUUUAUUGGAUAUGGAAAGAAACAAUCGUACACAAUUAAAUGAACAUCGUGGUUAUUGUGAAUUUAGACGUUUGAAAUAUUUUAACGUCGGCCAGUCUUGGCUUGUCGACAAUCUUCAUUCAUGCUAUGAAGGUGUCACGAAAAAAUUAUUGACACUGUGGUUGGACAAAAAAUAUCGGUUGUUUGCAUGGUCUAUUCGAAAGAAAAUGGAUGAUCUUGAUCGUGCACUUAGUCGUUUAUAUUUACCAUCAACAUCAUCUCGUACACCACGUUCUAUCUAUAAAUUUAAGUAUUACAAAGCAUCAGAAUAUAAAGUAAUUGAUCAAUCAAUCCUCAUCCAAAUCACUUGA